CUCAUGCAACAUCGCCAACAGCGUACCCAAGACAAUUUGCUACAUAGGUCCACUUGACAGUCCCUGUUCUCGGACGCCGCUCAUGUAGAGGCGGAACGCAUCACACCCGAUCUGUUCAGCUUUAAGACUUUUGAAGCAUGGAUUUGAUAGUCAAAGUGUAGAAUAUUGUGUUAUUGCAGAGGACGGAAUUAAAUAAAUCUCAUUAUCACUAACUCCAUGCACUGCUCAACGGAUCCAGCUACAGGAGUCCGUCUGCCAGUAAGAUGAGGUUGCUACAACACUGACCGACAACACGUCUCACACACUGGAUCACAGUAACCUGGAUGCAACACACUCCCGCAGACCAAGAUGUGUGUAUCUGCCCUGUCUCGGUGGCUGAUGCUGUGUCUGCAGCUAUUGGUGAUGGUGGUUUUCAGGACACAAGGUGAGGUCAUCGCCCCCUCCAGCAUGACCGCUGUGGCGGGCCUCCCCUUCACGCUGGGCUGUAACGUCACCAUAGCAACUGGCGACACGGUCAAGCAGGUCCGCUGGCUGAACAAACACAAGCAGGUUCUCCUGGCGUACGAGCCAGGCGAGUCAGUCAGAACCACCUCCCGCCAAGACGACGUGGAACUAACUUCCUCGCACCGCAACGUUAGCGCCAUCACCAUCAAGAGGGUGGGGCCUAACGACGAGGGCUGCUACCGCUGCAUCUUUGACAUCUACCCCAGCGGAGCACAGGAGGGAAUGACCUGCCUCAGUAUCGAAGUCAAAGUGGGCAAUGAGGGUAAUAAAACAGCCAUCAGCGGGAAGCUGGCCACCAUGUCCUGUUGGUACGGCCUCCCAGACAGGGUACGCCAGGUCCUGUGGAGAAAGACUGCAGAGCAGGGCGACACGGCCACGUUGGCCUCCUUUGCCAAGCGAGGCCAACCCAGCAUUGAGGAACCUUAUCAGGGACGCAUUACCCUGAACCCCUCCCUGGGAGACACCCAGCUCUCCAUCAGGCCGGUGAAGACGGAGGACGAGGGCUGCUACACCUGCGAGUUCCACACUUACCCAGAAGGCACCAGGAGCGCCACGGCCUGCCUCUUUGUAUAUGGUGUGUAUGGAUGGGGGUUAUUAGGGGUCAUUUGGAAGGUUGUAUUGUUGUAUUAUAUCUCAGGGAGUAUAUCCACUGAGGCUAUUGCUGUAAGGAAAGUUUUAAUUGAUAAUGGUUUUUGCUGGAAUUUCCUGCUCCCAAUCUUCACUGAUAAAGAUGUGGCUCAAAACCAGUAGCAGUCAUCUACUGCC